UGGCAGCUCGCAGCCGCCGCGAGAGGAGCUGGUGCCGGGCGCGAGGUGCGGGCCAAGUGUGGGAUGCGCCGCGCGUGAGCAUGCUGGUCGUGACGGUGGUGCUGCUGGCCGCCGUGGCGCGCGCCCAGGACGGCUGCGAGUGGCGCCGCGAGGCCGAGGACUCGCGGGUGUCGGUGGUGCUGGCCUGCCGCCUGCGCACCAUCUCCGGGACGCGCGGGCUGCUCGCCGACAUGACGCCGGCGCAGCUGGAGCGCGUGACGGCGCUGCGGCUCGAGUGCAGCGACGUGCUGUUCUUCGAGAGCUCGCUGGAGGCCGGCUUCCUGGCGCCCGCGCGCCGCCUGCGCGACCUGCGCCUCGAGCACUGCAAGAUCCGGCGCGUGCCCCGCCUCGUGCUGUCGUCGCUGCGGGAGCUGCGCCACCUCUCGCUGCGCACCCACAACACCGAGUGGUCCGCCAUGACCAUGGACUUCGACCCGGAGAGCUUCCGCGGCCUGGCCGAGCUGCGCAGCCUCGACCUCGCCGACAACAACAUCUGGAGCCUGCCCGCGGAGCUGUUCUGCCCGCUGUACGGCCUGGCGAGCCUCGACCUGAGCCGCAACCGCCUGCGGGACGUGGCCGAGCUGGGGUUCUCCGACUGGGGGCAGGGCCCCGCCGCGCCGGGCAAGACCUGCAACGGCGCGCUCGAGACCCUCGACCUGUCCGCCAACGGCAUCGCCGCCGUGCCCGACAACGCGCUCACCAGCCUGCGCUCGCUGAGGCGGCUGCUAAUGCAGGACAACGCCAUCGCGUCGCUGGCGGACCGCGCGCUCGUGGGGCUGUCGUCGCUGCAGGUGCUGAACGCGUCCAGCAACCGCCUGGUGGCGCUGCCCCCGGAGCUGUUCCAGAGCUGCCGCGAGGUGAAGGAGGUGUAUCUGCAGAACAACUCCAUCAGCGUGCUGGCUCCAGGGUUGCUGGAGGGCUUGGACCAGCUCCUGGUGCUUGAUCUGUCGGGCAACCAGCUCACCAGCAACUGGGUCAACCGCGACACCUUCUCCGGCCUGGUGCGCCUCGUAGUGCUCAACCUCUCCAGCAACUCGAUCGCGCGCGUCGACGCGCACGUGUUCCGCGACCUGUACAGCCUGCAGGUGCUCAACCUGGAGCGCAACGGACUGGAGGUGAUCGCCGACGGGGCGUUCGCCGCGCUCAGCAACCUGCACGCGCUCACGCUGUCGCACAACUCGCUCGCCAGCCUCGAGCCGCACCACCUCGCGGGACUGUACGUGCUCAACCAGCUGUUCGUGGACGGCAACCACUUGUCCGUGGUGCACCCGCGCGCGUUCGAGAACUGCACGAACCUCCAGGACCUGGGGCUCAGCGGCAACCUGCUGGAGGAGGUGCCGGAGGGACUGGGUCGGCUGCGGCACCUCAAGACCCUCGACCUGGGCGACAACCUCGUCUCGGAGGUACGCGGCGCCGCCUUGGAGGGUCUCGACCAGCUCUACGGGCUACGGCUCAUCGGCAACCGCAUCGUUAACGUGACGCGAGACGCGUUCGCGGCGCUGCCCUCUCUCCAGGUGCUGAACCUCGCCGCUAACCGCGUGUCCCGCGUCGACCCGGGCGCGUUCGGCACGGCGCCGUCUCUGCGCGCGCUGCGGCUGGACGGGAACAGGCUCGCGGACCUCGGCGGCGCGCUCGCGGACCUGUCGGGUCUCGUGUGGCUCAACGUGUCGGACAACCAGUUGCAGUGGCUGGACCUGGCGCGGCUGCCCGCCAGCCUCGAGUGGCUCGACAUGCACCGCAACCUCGUGUCCGAGCUGGCCGGUCGGCGGGCGCCGCACCUCCGCGUUAAGACGCUCGACGCCAGCUUCAACCGCCUCACCGAGCUGGCCGAGUCCUCCUUGCCCGACAGCGUCGAGAGCGUGUUCCUCAACGACAACUUCAUCGCGGCGGUGCGCGCCGACGCCUUCUUCGGCAGGCCGAACCUCACCCGGGUGGUGCUGUACGCCAACCAGCUCCAGACCAUGGACCUCGUGGCGCUGCGGCUGGCUCCUGUGCCCGAGGACCGCGAGCUGCCGCAGUUCUACAUCGGCGGCAACCCCUUCCACUGCGACUGCGCCAUGGAGUGGCUGCUGCGCGCCGGCCAGCUGGGGCAGAGCCGCCAGCACCCGCGCCUCGCGGACCUGGACAGCGUCACCUGCACCCUGUCCUACCCCGUCGACUCCCCUCCGCGCCCUCUGCUCGACCUCUCCCCGCAGCAGCUGCUCUGUCCCUACGAGGCGCACUGCUUCGCGCUGUGCCACUGCUGCGACUUCGACGCGUGCGACUGCGAGAUGACGUGUCCCGCCGGCUGCCGCUGCUUCCACGACCACGCGUGGUCGGCCAACGUGGUGGACUGCUCGCGCGCCGGGCUCACCCGGGUGCCGCCCCGCAUCCCCAUGGACGCCACCGAGAUCCGCCUGGACGGCAACGACCUGGGCGAGCUGGGCAGCCACGUGUUCAUCGGCAAGAAGAAGCUGCGCGCGCUCUUCCUGAACGGCAGCAACGUGGCCGCCAUACACAACCGCACGUUCAACGGCGCCACGUCGCUGCAGGUGCUGCACCUGGAGGACAACCAGCUGGAGGAGCUGCGCGGGUUCGAGUUCGAGCAGCUGGACCGCCUGAGCGAGCUGUACCUGGACCGCAACGACAUCGCCCGCGUCGGCAACACCACCUUCCAGGGCAUGCGCGCGCUCGAGGUGCUGAGCCUGGACGGCAACCGCAUGCGGGAGUUCGCGCCGUGGCGGCAGCUGCCGGCGGACGGAGCGCGCGUGUCGCUGCGAGGCAACUCGUGGGCGUGCGACUGUGCGUGGGCGGCGCGCAUGGAGGAGUGGCUGAGGAGGGGCGGCGCCCCGCAGGACGUGUCGUGCGCCGGCGGACAGACCCUGGUGCAGGUGGCGGCCCGCUGUCGGGAGCGAGCCUCCGCCACGGCCGUGCGCGCCUCGGCCCCGCGCGCCCCCGGCUACCUGCCGCUGCUGGGAGCCUGCCUCGCCGCGGGCGCGCUGGCGCUGCUGGCCGGCCUCGCCUACCUGUUCCGCCGCCCGCUGCGCCUCUGGGCGCACGCCCGCUGCGGCGUCCGCGUGUUCGAGGGCGACGCCGAGGACCGCGACCGCCUGUACGACGCCUACCUCAUCUGCGGCGCGCGCGAUCGCGACCCCAUCGGGCUGGCCGUGGCGUGCGCGCUCGAGCAGGCGGGCUUCGCCGUGUGCCUGCACCACCGCGACGCGCCCUCGGGCCCGGCCUACCUGCCCGAGAGCGUGCUGGGCGCGGCGGACGCCUCGCGCCGCCUGCUGCUCGUGCUGUCGCCCGCCUUCCUGCGCGGCGAGUGGUCGCGGCCCGAGCUGCGCGCCGCCGUGCGCGCCGCCGUCGCGAGGCGCCGCCCCCGGCGCCUGGUGCUGCUGCUGACGGCGGCGCCGGCGCAGCUGCCCCUGGACGCGGACCUGCGGCCGCUGCUGGGUGCCGCCGCCGUGGUGCGCUGGGGCGAGCGCAGGUUCUGGGAGAAGCUGCGGUUCGCGAUGCCCGACCCGCCGCGGCCGCCCGCCAAGGCCGGGCCGUCGCCGCUGGACGCGUGGCACAGGUACGCCGCCACGCCCACGCCCACGCAGUCCACCUACGUGUCGGAGAACUCUUCGCAGCGCACCACGGACCACGAGGAGGACGAGGACGAGGCGUACGCGCGCGCUCGCGGCUACGUGUCGGUGGACGGGGCGCUCAAGCCGCACCACGUGUACAGCACCAUCCCCGACCAGGGCGCCGCGCCGCCCCGCGGCCGCACCUACUUCGUGUAGGCCUGCCGCACCACAGUUCCUCGCCCCCUCGCCGCAGCCAGGUAACUGCUCGCUCCUACCGUAGCACUUGCUGUCCGUGUGCUGCCUCCAAGCUGUGAUAUCCACUAUCUAGACCCGCGCGCGGUGCGAGUAUCGCCAAGCCACACGUACUGACACUCACGGGAAGUCAACCAACUAUUUAUCUUUUUUUUUUUUUUUUAAAUUGUGUGUCGUAACAAUUCUUGUCUUCUUAUCGUUACCGUUUGCAUAUAUUGAUUGAGAGAUGAAAGAGUUAUAUUGAGGAAAAAAAAACACUUAAAAUAAAAUGUACUCUCAGUAUUUAAACAGAACUUAUGACUACGUACAUCGCAAGACUGAAACAAUAAACCUAAGUGUUUUUUUUAAGACAUCGGUAUAAAUGUUGUACAUUUUAAAGAGAAAAUACUUAGCACAGUUUUAUGCCCUUAAUACGAAGAUUAAAAAAAAAUUGCACUGUCUCUAUUUACUUAUUACGGUGUGUACCAUUCUAUUUAUUCCAAUUUUGUACAUAUGUAAGUACGUUUUACCAUUAUUUUGAA